AUGGCUCAACUCCUGAACAGCAUACUCACUGUGAUCAAGGUGUUCCAGAAAUAUGCUAAAGAGAAUGGGAAAUGUACCUUGCUCUGCAAGAAGGAGUUGAAGCAGCUGCUCUUGGCUGAGCUUGGAGAUAUCCUCCGGAGAGAGGAUAGGGACUCCAGCUGCAAUCGGUCUGAGAGACAGGAUAGGGAUUCCCGCUAUGGUCAGUCUGAGGGACAGGAUAGGGACUUCUGCUACGGUCAGUCAGACAGACAGGAUAGGGACUCCCACUAUGAUCAGUCUGAGAGACAGGAUAGGGACUCCAGCUAUAGUCAAAGAUGGAGACAUAAAUCUAGCAGUAGCCUGCCUAAAAGACAAGGAUAUAUCUUUGCCUUAAGUCAGUGUGAGAAACAAGUUCACGAUUCUCAUUAUGGCCAGACAAACCAACAGGAAUCAGGUUCUUAUCAUGAACAGUCUCAGAGGCUGGAUCAGGAAUCAGUCUAUGGUCAGAGAGAUAGACAAGAAUUGGACUUUCAAUAUGGCCACAGACAAUGCCAGAGUUCUCACUAUGGUCAGACAGACAGACAAGGCCAAAGUUCUCAGUGUGGCCAGACAGACAGACAAGGCCAGAGUUCUUGGUGUGGCCAGACAGACAGACAAGACCAGAGUUCCUACUAUGGCCAGACAGACAGACAAGGCCAGAGUUCUCACUAUGGUCAGACAGAGAGACAAGGCCUAGGUUCUAAGUUUAGCCAAACAGACAGACAAGGCCAGAGUUUUCAUUAUGGCCAGACAGACAGACAAGGCCAGAGUUCUCACCAUGGUCAGAGAGACAGAAAAGGCCUAGGUUCUCAGUGUAGCCAGACAGACAGACAAGGCCAGAGUUCCCACUAUGGUCAGACAGACAGACAAGGCCAGAGUUCUCACUAUGGCCAGGCGGACAGACAAGGCCAGAGUUCCUACUAUGGCCAGACAGACAGACUAGGCCAGAGUUCUCACUAUGGUCAGACAGACAGACAAGGCCAGGGUUAUCAUUAUAAUCAGACAGACAGACAGGGCCUGAGCUCUCACUAUGGUCAGUCAGAGAUUGGGGUAACAGGGCAAAAUAGUUACCUCCAAGGAAGUGAGGGAACAAGCAGAGACUCAUAUGUUGAGCAAUCAGGAAGAUCAGGGAGACUAAGUCAAAAGACUCAAGGACAGGAAAUGACUUGAAAUCAGGGGCAAAGAUUCCAGUCUAGGGAAGGCCAGCAGAACAGCCACCAGGCAUGGGAGCCUGAGGAGGCUAGCCAACACCACCAACACAAACUCAUUGCACAUAUCCAGCAAGAAAGGUCAUGUGGUUACAAAAGGGGUGACUGGCAAUCAUGUGGUGGUGAGCAGGACCACACAGAGGCCCAGGCUAGGCAAAGUCAUGGAGAGAGGCAGAGCCACCAGGCAGAGGAAGAGCAGGGCCACCAAAGCUGGGGCAGACAUGGUUGUGAGAGUCAGGUAACUCCAUGGGAGAUGCAAGCCAGGCAAACCCAUGAAGAGGAAAAAAGCCAUCAGAGACAGGACAGGCAAACCCACGAAAGUGAGCAGACCCAUCAGAGACGGGACAGGCAAACCCAUGAAGAUGAGCAGACCUGUCAAAGAAGGGACAGGCAAACCCACAAAGAUGAGCAGACCCAUCAGAGACGGGACAGGCAAACUCACGAAGAUGAGCAGACCUGUCAGAGACGGGACAGGCAAACCCACGAAGAUGAGCAGACCCAUCAGAGACGGGACAGGCAAACUCACGAAGAUGAGCAGACCCGUCAGAGACGGGACAGGCAAACCCACGAGGAGGAGCAGACCUGUCAGAGACAGGACAGGCAAACCCACAAAGAUGAGCAGACCCAUCAGCAACGAGACAGGGAAGCCCACGAAGAGAGUCAAAACUGUCAGCAACAAUGGGAUAGGCAAACCCUUGAGGAGGAAGAAAGGUAUCAAGGAUCCCAGGAUCAACAAUCUUAUGGGACCCAGCAAGGCUGUGCUAAUAGAGAAAAAAUCCACAUGAAUGAGAAUAGCCAGAGGCGAGGUUCACAGGGAAGACGCAGUAACCUGACCUUCCACCCCACCCAGAGUGGUGGGAGGCCCCCAAGGAGAGAACAGGGUGGAAGUCACCCUACCAAAGCAUCUCCUACUCCCAAACCCCUCCAUGACUAUGUACAAGAGCAGAAAAGGAAUCAGCAUUAG